AUGGCUUGCGCUGCCCGGUCAUUGACUCGCUCAGCCCGAGUGCUGGCCCGGAGGGGCCCAGGGUUCCUCCCUACGCGGUCUUUCUCGGUCUCCCCGUUCCGAUUCGUUUCAGAGGACCCGGUCAUUCCUCCGCCCCCCAAAGAUCUAAAGGCGGAGGACUUCCCACCUGCGCCUGAGUAUUCCCCGGACCUCCUCAACAAGGAGGAGCGAUCCAUGUACGAUAUGAUGGCGCCUGAUCAGCGGGCUGAGUUCGAUGCCGAGAACCGCCGCAUGGUGGCCGAAUUCAACGAUGUUGGAAAGCGCGCAGCUAUGUUUGCUGAGCUCGAUAAGAAAGUCAACCAGAUUGACAAGGAGGAGGAUUUGCGAUUCGAGGAUAUCCGGACCAAGCAGCGCGGUUUCUGGGCCGAGGAUGAUCCCGACGAACUCGCUCAGGUGGAAGAUGGUGAUGAAGAGAUCAACGACGAUGAAAUCACCGCCAUGGCACAUUCUGAGAUGGAAUUGCACCGGGAGGUCAGAGAAUAUGCCCGAAUUGCGGCAUGGGAUAUGCCAAUGCUGAGCAAGCUGGCCAAACCAUUUACGCUGCCUCCUGAAACACACAUUCUCCGCUUCCGCUACACCACAUACAUGGGAGAGAAGCACCCGGCUGAGCCCAAGGUUGUCGUGGAGCUUGCCUCUCGGGAUCUGACCCCCAAGUACCUCACCGAGGCCCAGCGCCAGACCUUCCUGAAGCUGGUUGGCACCCGCUACAACCCGCAAACCGACAUUGUCAAGAUGUCUACCGAGCAGUUUGGCUCUCGUGCACAGAACAAGCGGUACUUGGCCGAUGUCGUCAACUCUUUGAUCAAUGAGGCCAAGACUGGCGAUCCCUACACCGACAUCCCCCUUGAUCUCCGCCACCAUAAACCCAAGACUCGCAUUCAAUUCCCCGAAUCCUGGAACAUGACCGAAGAGCGCCGCCAACAAUUGGCCGCCCGCCGUGCUGAGCGUCUCAAUGCCGAAAAGGCGCGGCCCGCUAUCGUCGAUGGCAACAAGGUUGUCUCGCAUGCUGUUCAGGCUCUCCCCGAGUUCAACCCAGCAUUGAAGGCCCAGGCUGCUGAGGAGCGGGAGCGUGUUGCUGUCAAAGUUGGAGCUCGUUCGAGCAAGAAACCUGCUCGUCGGUAA